AUGGCUGCUCCACCAACAAACCAAGCUAUUCGAGUACUGGUUCCGGUUGGAGAGCUCCAUAAAGCGCUCGAUGAAAUUGGAUUGCUGAGAAACCAUAUUGGAUUGUUUGAAAGAGAACUUUGGCGCACCCAAGGCGAAGUCAACGGUCUCAGCGCUCAACGCGUUCACGACAAUCAGCUCAUUGCCCAUCUCAACCAACAACUUCAAAACCAGCAGCACACCACCCAGGAGCUUUUUGCAGCUCGUCAAGAGAUCAGUCGCCUUCAAUUGGAAGCUCAGCCUCUCAGAUACCAAGAAAACUUUACUGAAGCCAGCCAACUGGAGAGCCUCAAGCAGGAGCUGGAAAAUGAGAAAAGGAGUCAUGGAACACAUCUUCAGCUCUUCUGGGAGUAUAUGAACAGCUCUCACAAUGAAAUCGAAGAGCUGAAAGCAAAAAACGCUGAGCUGGAGGAACGGCUGGCUAGAGCCGAUGGAGCUGCUGGAGCCGAUGGAAAAUGA